AAGCAAAGUACGAGAGAAUUUUCAGCUCCUCCAUGUCGCUCUGAUCGUCAUGUGCGCAUGCGCAUCUCAACUUCCGGCGAGGCCAUGGAGGACUUCAGCGCGAACGGCUCGAAGUGAAAGUGUGAUCUACGUUCAUGGUCAUCAUUGCUGUUGGCUAUGAGGCGCGAGCGCUUGGUGUCACACGUAACAUGAUGGGUGAUGAUGCAAAAAAGAUCUGUCCAGACAUCGUGCUAGCACGUGUACCUGAGGUCCGGGGCAAAGCAGAUUUAACGAAGUAUCGAGAAGCAGGGGCUGAGGUGAUUGAAGUACUGAGCAACUUUUGCAAUUGUGUAGAGAGGGCAAGCAUUGAUGAGGCCUAUUUAGACCUUACAGAGGAGGCUAAAAAACUAUUAACAAGUCAGACAUCUGGAUCCUUGACAGCUGACCAGCUAUCCAACACAUUUGUUGAGGGUUUUGGAGAUGAUGUUGAGGAGGAUAUGGAUAGAGCCCAGCUGAAUGAGGAAGCAGCCAGGCACAGAAAUACAGACAAAUGGUUGAAACAAGCUCAUGCUUCUAAAGAAACAAACAGUGGGGAUGUUUUGCUGGCAGCCACUGCAUUAAUAGUUGAAGAGAUGAGAGCUACUAUUUUUAAGAACACUGGAUUUCAGUGUUCUGCUGGAAUUGCACAUAAUAAAAUGCUUGCCAAGCUUGCUUGUGGUCUACAUAAGCCCAACAAACAGACCAUAGUGCCUCAGGGCUCUGUGGAAAAAAUCUUUAGGACUCUUCCUGUAAGAAAAGUUUUUCCCAAAUCCAAAAGCAAAACAGGCUCUGAAGCAGGGGUGGGCAAAGUACGGCCUGCGAAUGUCUUUGGACCAGCCAGUCUGCCAAAUGUGAAGUCCACUUGUUUUCGUUUUUAUUCACACUACUUUAAUUUGUUUGAAAUAUAAUUUAUCAAGUACAACGGUGUUAGAAAUCACCAGUCCGUAACAUUCUAAUGCAGACAAGGUACAAAGAUAACAACACGGCUGACAUGUCUGAUGGAGUCGUUAGAGAACAUUGAGGGGGCGGCUGCCUUCAAAGGAAAGGUUGUUUUAAAGUUAUGUGAGAGAAUUGAAACAGCUUCACUUUACACAAUUAGUGAAUGUACAUAUUUGUUGUUCAUUCCAUUAUCACUAGGUGUUGUGUAGUCACGUGGCCUGUGUUUUUGGUAUUUUACUGGCCACCACAUAGCUUAGAAUUCUGACGCCGGCCUGCAAACAAAAAUCUUUGCCCACCCCUGAUCUAAAGCUUGAGCUUUCGUACCUUCAUGGAAACAAAAGCUUGCAUUAUUUGCACUUCCUCUUCAUUUAGAUUGUGAAGUUGGAAAUAUAUUUGACCUAUGGCCUCUUUCACACAUAGACAACCAUGAUGUAAGUAGAAGAUGAAUGGAGAUUCAAGCAUUUUACUUGUAAAACAUUUGAACUUAAUAAAGGUGGGAAAAUUGUGCAGAUCUGACACCAUGAUGACGUUUUGUGUAAAACAAAAUUCUGCUUACAGUCUUGUUGCACAUUCUUUCUAAAUAUUAUGUCUAUCUUCAACAGUCGUAGUCUGGGUGGAAAGCUAGGUGCAUCCCUGACAGAGCAGAAAUUCUUCAGACUGUUGGACUGUAAUUAGAAACAUAGAACUGUAAUUAGUUUUGUCACAAACAUGUGUUGAGAACUUUUUUUUCAAUCUUCUUCUGAAAAUCACACAUGGAUAGACCUACAUUCAAACUUCCUACCUAUAUAAUGGGCGCAGGUUGUAGGAUAGCUUUGAGCUUAUUCAUGUAGGUAUUUUAACAGAGAGUCUACUUUAGUGGCGCAGCUGGAAAUCAGAACCAGCGCCACCUAGAAUGUAACGACAAGUAAUUACAAGGUUAUGUUUGUCUGGUGUUUAUGUAUGUUAUGUUUGCUACAAAUGUGAUGUAUGUUAUGCAUUUUGUAUGUACAUUAUAUGUGUAUAAUAUGUAUAUAUGUAAUAUAAUGAAUGUUCAGUAUAUCAUUACGUACGCAUUGACAUGUUACACACUCACCGUUCUGUUUUUUGGUACAGUCAUUCUUGAUCAGCUUCAGAUCUCCUCCUUUUUGCUUUGUUUAUGUUGAUUGGAAUGCAUUGUCCAAAUUUCAGAAUUUGUUGCAUUGGGGCGUCUCUAACUGCGCUGGCUGGGACUAGUCGGAAGAAUUUACUCUUCCUUAGUUUUUGUAUGGUAAUCUCACUUGCGAGAGUUAUAAAUCUUUUC